AUGGCGGACAAGGUUGGCGAUCGUGGCACUGGAACAGCAGAGGUGGAGAUGAAGCACAGCGGCGAUGAAGAGGAAGGGAGGAACAAGGCUGUUGUGGACACGGUGAACGCUGAAGAAGCAGAAAACGUGAAAAAAGACCCACAAGACGUUGUCGGCGAGGAGGAGGAGGAUAAUAUUGAUGAUGAUGAUGAUGAUGAUGAUGGUGAUGAUGGUGAUGAUGAGGAUGGUGAUGAUGAUGAUGAUGAUGAUGGUGAUGAUGAUGAUGAAGAUGAUGAUGAUGAUGAUGGUGAUGAUGAAGAUGAUGAUGACGAGACCCCAACCACUGCAACUACAACUGUGUGUGCGAUGUGUGGUGCGGCGUGGAAGUACAGAUGCCCGGCCUGCGGUACACUGUCGUGCUCGCUGCCGUGCGUGAAGGCGCACAAGAAGGAAACAGGGUGCACAGGUGUGCGCGCUCGCUCACAACCUGUCAAAGCCCGCGACAACCUCACCCAGGACGUUCUUUUCCAAGAUUUUCGACUGUUGGAAGAGGCGCAUCGACUGGUGGGAUCUGCGAAGCGCGGUCCUCAUUCACGCGACGCGCACGCGAGGCACUACAAGAAGCCACGCAUCAUCAAGGAAGCGCAGGCACGCGGUAUUGACCUGCGCCUCAUGCCCGCCAUGUUCAGCCGGCACUCCGAAAACACAACCUCCUUUGACUUCCGCAAACGAACGAUUCGUUGGCACAUUGACUGGGUCUUUCCCGAAGCAGAUGUCUCAUUUCCAGCCUGCAAAUCCAGCGGUAAAGCGAAACUCCGCGUAGCUCUCGGCGCUUUUGUCGAUCGCCGCCCAGACAAUGCAGAACGCAGACACCGAGACGGGUUCACCAGUGGGAUCAUCGAACCGUCAAAGCAGGCAGCAUCACAGCACGUCACGCAAGAUAAGACAGAAAGAAUCGACAAGACACGGCCCAGUGCCAGCGGCAACGGCGACAGCUGGCACGGCCUGACACAACACUCUGACAACAUGGGAAAAGAGAAAGCCGACAGCAUGUAG